AUGAACUUUAUUCAUCCAACUCCUUAUUUAUUCACGUCUUUCAUUCAUAUUUCUUCUUCUUCUUCUUCUUCUUCUUCUUCUUCUUCUUCUUCUUCUUCGUCGUCGUCGUCCGCCUACGCAGUUGCUUACACGCACGACUCUCUCUCUCUCUUUCGGCCGCCCACGUUGAGUCUGCCUCGUUGGUUUGUGAUUGCCAACCCACUCUCUCAGUUUCUCACUCGGUCGGUCCGUCUCCAAGCCUGUCUGCAGAUUUGGUUCGUCGCGAAGGAGACGGAAAAUCUAUCUAUCUAUCUAUCUAUCUAUCUAUCUAUCUAUCUAUCUAUCUAUCUAUCUAUCUAUCCUGAUACAUAUCUAUCUAUCUAUCUAUCUAUCUAUCUAUCUAUCUAUCUAUCUAUCUAUUUCAGUCCGUUCAUAUCUAUCUAUCUAUCUAUCUAUCUAUCUAUCUAUCUAUCUAUCCUGAUCUGUUCUUAUCUAUCUAUCUAUCUAUCUAUCUAUCUAUCUAUCUAUCUAUCUAUCUCUCUCUCUCUCUCUCUAUAUAUAUAUAUAUAUAUAUAUAUAUAUAUAUAUAUAUCCCAGUCUGUUCUUAUCUAUCUAUCUAUCUAUCUAUCUAUCUAUCUAUCUAUCUCAGUUUGUUUCUAUCUAUAUAUCGACAUACUUUCGUUAAAAGUACAGUAUUCAAACCUGGAUCUUACCACUAAUAUUGUUUCACCUACGGAUCAUCAGGCAUUAUCCACAUUUCCUAUAUGCCGAACUGUAUUUUCCGAAACAACAAUUAUUUGGCAACCUGUUUCUUUUAUAUUUUCUUACAAAUUUCUAUCUAUCUAUCUAUCUAUCUAUCUAUCUAUCUAUCUAUCUAUCACCAUAUCUCCACACGCGCACGCCGUGCGCGUAUGCAUGACUGACUCGUUCUCUAUCACUCUAUCGAUGGAAAUAUCUAUCUAUCCCAAUCCCUUAUUUCAUAUCUAUCUAUCUAUCUAUCUAUCUAUCUAUCUAUCUAUCUAUCUAUCUAUCUAUCUCAUUCUGUUAAGCUCUAUCUGUCUGUCAUCAGAUAAAAAAACAGAUUGA